UGCACACUUCUUUACCUUGGAGCCUCUCCCACCUCUCCCUCCCUUUUCCUCCCUCUACCUCCCGGCCCCACCCUCUGAUCACCCCACUUCUUCCCCUCCCCUUACACCUCCCUCGCUCCCUUCUCUCCUCCCCUCCCCACUGCGCCUCCCUCCCUCCUGGCCUUCCCUUCCCCCACUUCGCAGACCUCUCUUCCCCCAGUGCCUCCCUCCUCCUCCUCUCCGCCCCCUCCGGGCUCCGGCUCUCCCUGGAGGCUACGACUGCGAGUGGAGCCACUGGCCCCGCCGGGAUCCCCGCGCCCUCGGCCGCCGCGUCCACGUCCCCCUGGCGCCCCUCCUCCGGGCUCGGCCUCCCUCCGCGCGGGGCAGCGCAGCCUCAGGCCGCGGGACAAGCCCGACUUAAAUCUCUGCAAUGGCUAACGAAGCUUAUCCUUGUCCGUGUGACAUUGGCCACAGAUUUGAGUAUGGAGGGAUGGGCCAUGAAGUUCAAGUCGAGCACAUCAAGGCGUAUGUCACCAAAUCCCCUGUUGAUGCAGGCAAAGCUGUGAUUGUCAUUCAAGAUAUAUUUGGCUGGCAGUUGCCCAAUACCAGAUAUAUAGCUGACAUGAUCUCAGGAAAUGGAUACACAACCAUUGUUCCAGACUUCUUUGUAGGGCAAGAGCCUUGGGACCCCUCUGGCGACUGGUCCAUCUUCCCUGAGUGGCUGAAAACAAGAAAUGCCCGGAAGAUCGACAGAGAGAUCGGUGCUGUCUUGAAGUAUCUGAAACAACAGUGUCACGCCCAGAAAAUUGGCCUCGUGGGAUUUUGCUGGGGUGGAACUGCUGUCCAUCAUUUGAUGAUGAAAUACUCAGAAUUCAGGGCAGGGGUGUCUGUCUACGGCAUCGUCAAGGAUUCUGAAGACAUUUACAAUUUAAAGAACCCCACCUUGUUCAUUUUUGCUGAAAAUGAUGUUGUGAUUCCACUUGAGAACGUAUCCUUGCUGACCCAGAAGCUGAAAGAACACUGCAAAGUUGAAUAUCAAAUUAAGACAUUUUCCGGGCAAACUCAUGGGUUCGUGCAUCGGAAGAGAGAAAACUGUUCACCUGAGGACAAGCCCUACAUUGACGAGGCCAGAAGGAAUUUAAUCGAGUGGCUGAACAAGUACAUGUAGCAAGAAUCAAGGGCAAGCCUUCCCAGAAGAGCUUUCAUCCCAAACUUUGCUUGGAAAUACUUAGAUCAAUCGAUUUAAUUUUCACCUUUAUAAAAUAAAUGUAGGAAUCCUAAAAUUCAUUAUGUCAUUUGAAACACAAAUUCAUUAGGAAAUAAUGCAUGAAAUAAUUUAAUUUUUGACAUGUACAUCAAAUCAAAAUUUAAAACCAAGGUCUGGCUGGGUGCAGUGGCUCAUGCCUGUAAUCCCAACACUUUGGGAGGCCAAAGCAGGUGGAUUACCUGAGGUCAGGAGUUCGAUACCAGCCUGACUAACAAACAUAGUGAGACCCCCUCCCCCCAUCUCUACAAAAAAAUGCCGAAAUUAGCCUGGUGUGGUGGUGCACUCCUGUAGUCCCAGCUACUUGGGAGGCUGAGGCACAAGAAUCAGUAGAACGCGGGAGGUGGAGACUGCGGCGAGCUGAGAUUGUGCCGCCACCGCACUCCAGCCUGGGUGACAGAGUGACCCUGACUCAAAAGUAAAUGAAUAAAUAAAAAUGAAAAAAUAAAAACCAGGACAGUACCUGGAGAAUUUGAAUGAUAGAGUAAUACCCUUAUUAUUAGUUAAAACCUACAGGUUGGGUGCAGUGGCUCACGCCUAUAAUCUUAGCAGUUUGGGAGGCCGAGGCGGGUGGAUCAUUUGAGGUCAGGAGUUUGAGACGAGCCUGGCCAUCAUGGUGAAACCCUGUCUCUACUAAAAAUACAAAAAAUUAGCCAAGCAUGGUGGCGUGCACCUGUAAUUCCAACAACUCAGGAGGCUGAGGCAGGGGAAUCACUCAAACCUGGGAGGCGGGGGUUGCAGUGAGUGGAGAUUGCGCCACUGACCUCCAGCCUGGGCAACAGAGGGAGACUGGAUCUCAAACAAAACAAAACAAAACAAAACCCACAAAACCCAAAACCUACAGCUGUUCAAGGACCUGCUGACAGGUCAAGUGUGGGCUUUUCUGGUCUUUGAACACAUCGUAUAAAAUGACAAAUGCUGCAAAGCCAUGAAGAACGUGAACUGUAAACUAGGGUAGGCUAACUGCCCAGCCUAGAUGCUUAUCAUGUCAUAAGAGAGGUGAAUUUGUCACAUUUAUAGAUUGCAAUAUGGGAAGUAUUGAGAUCAAAACAGGAUUCCAUUGACCUCAUUGUAUUAAACUAAUGAACUAAUUUUUCAAAUUUUU